AUGGAGGUGAGCCUCCACAGCCUUAAAGAUGGCUUUAGCCUUCUCUUUCCCUUCUUUAAUCUUAUCCUCCGUAAUGUGGUGGUCCUCCUUCUUCGUGUGGUAAGUGCUUACGGUUUUGCAAACCGAUCCUCCUUCUGGGCCAGCCUCGACCUUCACAACAUACGAUAUGGAUUCGAGAACAUCGCCCAAAACAUCUCCUUCGAUUACACUGUACUUGAACACAUAGUUUUCCUCGUCGAUUUCAUCUAUUCUGUUGUGAGCGUCGAGGAUGAACGAUUUGAACAACCUUCUUGGAGAGAUUUUCGAGCACUCUUCGUGUUCAUAAGAGAUCACACCCAUUCGAUAAUGGAAUUGGACUAUUGGCAU